AUGUACAAAAAAGCUGAAGCAUCAUUUUGGACUGCUGAAGAAGUUGACUUGUCUAAAGAUUUAAUUCAUUGGGAAGCUUUAAAACCUGAAGAACAACACUUCAUUUCACAUGUCCUGGCUUUCUUUGCUGCCAGUGAUGGUAUUGUGAAUGAAAAUUUGGUUGAACGAUUCAGUAAAGAGGUACAGAUAACAGAAGCAAGAUGUUUCUAUGGUUUUCAAGUUGCCAUGGAGAAUAUCCACAGUGAGAUGUACAGCUUAUUAAUAGAUACCUAUAUCAAAGAUCCUAAACAAAGAGACUACUUAUUCAAUGCUAUUGAAACAUUACCCUGUGUAAAAAAGAAGGCAGACUGGGCUCUAAAAUGGAUUGGUGAUGAAGAGGCAGACUAUUCAGAAAGAGUUGUUGCUUUUGCUGCCGUUGAAGGAAUUUUCUUCUCUGGUUCAUUUGCCUCUAUAUUUUGGUUGAAGAAGCGUGGUAUAAUGCCUGGUUUAACCUUCAGUAAUGAACUGAUCAGUCGAGACGAGGGUCUACAUUGUGAUUUUGCCUGUUUAAUGUACAGACAUUUAGUAAAUAAGCUAUCACAGGAAAGAAUUUAUGGUAUAAUUACUGAUGCAGUACAAAUUGAACAAGAAUUUUUAACUGAUGCUUUACCAUGUAAAUUAAUUGGUAUGAACUGUGAUCUCAUGAAGCAAUAUAUUGAAUUUGUAGCUGACAGAUUAUUAGUCGACUUAGGCUGUGAUAAGUAUUACAACUCUGAAAACCCUUUUGAUUUUAUGGAAUUAAUAUCCCUUGAAGGGAAAUCUAACUUUUUUGAGAAGAGAGUAGGUGAAUAUCAAAGAAUGGGAGUGAUGUCAGGUGGUCAAAGUAAUCAUCAAUUUACAUUGGAUGCUGAUUUUUAA